CCUCUACAAAUCAUCAUCGCAAAGCUACCUCACUUCUUAUUCUUCCUCUUCUCCUUCGGACCCUCAUCUCUUUCUCCUUCAACUUAAUUGAUCCGUUUCUUCAGCAAUCCAUCGUGGAAAUGAGUUCUGCAAGAGUUUCCAGCUUCACACAGGCAUUGUUGCUGGCUUCGCUCUUACUGUUCAUGACUGCAAUGUCUUGUGAGGCGCAUCUGACACCCAAGUACUACGCCAAGUCCUGCCCGCAAGCUCUCUCGACCAUCAGGGCUGCCGUGAGGCGCGCCGUCGAACGCGAGCGUCGCAUGGCGGCGUCGCUUAUCCGCCUCCAUUUCCAUGACUGCUUCGUUCAGGGAUGCGACGCGUCGCUCCUGCUCAAAGAUGCCGAGGGCAUCGUGAGCGAACAGAACGCGCCCCAGAACUUUAGAUCAGCGAGAGGGUUCGAAGUCAUCGACAGCAUCAAGUGGGCGGUCGAGAAGGUGUGCCCGGGAGUGGUUUCUUGCGCCGACAUCCUCGCCGUCGCAGCGCGGGACUCAUCGGAAUACGUUGGUGGCCCGACAUGGAAGGUGAAGCUUGGAAGAAGGGACUCCACCACUGCGGCCAACAAAGAUUUGGUCCAGAGAGACCUGCCCGUAGCGUUCGACAACCUCGAUGAGCUCAUCUCCUCGUUUGCUCGCCAAGGACUUAGCAUCAAAGACAUGGUUGCUCUGUCAGGUUCCCACACCAUCGGCCAAGCUCAGUGCGCCACCUUCCGGAACAGGAUCUACAACGAGCCCAACAUCGACCAUGGCUUCGCCGCCCUGCGACGCCGACGGUGCCCCUCGUCACAGGUCCUCGGCAACAGCACCCUGGCGCCGCUGGACCUGGUCACGCCCAACUCGUUCGACAACAACUACUACAAGAACCUCCUUCAGAAGAAGGGCCUGCUGCACUCCGACCAGGUGCUCCUCAGCCACGGGCCCACCGGCGACAUGGUGAAGUACUACAGCAAGAACCAGGCGGCUUUCUUCGCCGACUUCGCGGCCGCAAUGGUGAAGAUGGGCGACAUCGCCCCCCUCACUGGCUCAGCAGGGGAGGUCAGAAGGACUUGCAGCGCCAUCAACUGAUGCAUGGCUACCAUAUCAUUUGAUCCAUUCUGUAUACUAUUGCUUUGAAUAAACAAGAUGUCAAGUGUAAGUACA